AUGUGUGAACAGGAGGAGAAGCAAGGGCCCCCCGUUAUUUUUAGCUUUGCAACAUGUUUGCCCAUAGCCGGAGCUGUGUUAGCGGUAACGCCCCCCUCCCCAUCCGGACAGGCCGGGACAGAGAGUCUCAACACAGCUUAUGGUUCUUUGGGAAAAAUUCAGUCUAGGAAUCGAAGAGGAAUUUUUGAAUUGGCUGGAGUUGUUAAAUGCAGCACAGGACGCAGUGCUAUUUCCUAUAUACGGUAUGGAUGUUAUUGUGGUCUAGGAGGACGUGGCUGGCCUAGAGAUGCAGUAGACUGGUGUUGCUUUAAGCAUGAUUGCUGUUAUAGUAAAGCAGAGCAAGCAGGCUGCCAACCUAAGACAGGGCGCUAUGACUGGGAAUGCAAUGAUAAGUCUGCUGUGUGUGACUCAGAGGACGAAUGUCAAGAAAUGAUGUGCGAAUGUGACAGUGAGGCUGCUAAGUGUUUUGCUAAAGCCCCUUAUAAUUCAAAAUAUAUUUUCUGGCCAGACUUCAAAUGUGGUGAGAGACAACCUAAAUGUAAAGAUUAGUGUACUGUUACCAUACUAAUAUUGAAUACAACUGUAUAUGUUUUUG